AGGAAGUGACUCGUCAUUUCAGAGAAAACAAACUGUUCUCUUUCUCUCUCUCUCUCUCUCUUUUGGUGUGAUUUCAGGAAAAUGGCUGAGGCCAGUAUUUCAGUAGCUCAGGACCAGUUCAUGUGUCCAGUAUGUCUGGAUCUCCUGAAGGAUCCGGUGACUAUCUCCUGUGGUCACAGUUUCUGUAAGGUGUGUAUUAAUGGCUGCUGGGAUCAGGAGGAUCAGAAGGGCGUCUACAGCUGUCCUCAGUGCAGAGACACUUUCGCUACAAGGCCUGUUCUACGCAGAAACAACAUGCUGGAUGAAGUGGUGGAGAAACUGAAGAAGAAGACUGAAGUCCAAGCUGCUUCUCCUGCUCACUGUUACGCUGGACCUGGAGAUGUGGAGUGUGAUUUCUGCACCGGGAGAAAACACAAAGCCGACAAGUCCUGUCUGAUGUGUUUGGCUUCAUUUUGUGAAAUUCAUCUGAAACCUCAUCUUGAAGUUCCUGCUUUGAAAAAACACACAUUAAUUGAAGCCUCAGCAAAACUCCAAGAGAAGAUCUGCUCUGAACAUAACAAGCUGAUUGAGAUCUACUGUCGUACUGAUCAAACCUACAUCUGUUAUUUGUGUACGAUGGAUCGUCACAAAGGUCACGACACCAUCACAGCCGCAGCAGAAAGAGCUGAGAAACAGAGUGAGUUAAAGGAGGAGCAGAUGAAAUCCCAGCAGAGAAUCCAGGAGAAGCAGAAGAAGGUGCAGGAGCUGAAACAGGCUGUGAACACUAUAAAGCUCAGUGCACAGACAGCAGUGGAGGACAGUGAGAGGAUCUUUACUGAGCUGAUCAGCUCCAUGGAGAAAAAGCGCUGGGAGGUGACGGAGCUGAUCAGAGGUCAGGAGAAGGCUGAACUGAGUCGAGCUGAACGACUCCUGGAGCAACUGGAGCAGGAGAUUGCUGAUCUUCAGAGGAGAGUCACUGAGCUGGAGCAGUUUUCACACACACACGAUCACAUCCAUUUCCUCCAGGUUUUAGCUUCUGGACGUCGGUCUCCUCAAUUUCGCAGACACGAUUUUCACACAUCCAGCGUCACUGUCCAUCAACAUCUGUCAUUUGAUGGCGUGAAGAAUUCUCUCUCAGAUCUGAAAAAGAGACUCGAGGAAUUCUGUGAGGAGGAAUUCAACAAAAUCCCUCCACAUGCUGCAGCAGUUCAGAUCAUUUCAGAACCACAGAGCAGAGAAGAGUUUCUGAAAUAUUUCUGCUAUCUGACUCUGGAUCCCAACACGGCACAUCGUUACCUCAUUCUGUCUGAGAAGAACAGAGCGGUGAGAGACAGUGGGAGAGAGCAGCGUUACUCUGAUCAUCCAGAGAGAUUUGAUUCCUGGUGGCAGGUGUUGUGUAAGGAGAGUGUGUGUGGACGCUGUUACUGGGAGGUGGAGUGGAGCAGUGCUGGUGUUGUGUCCAUAUCAGUCUCAUAUAAAGGCAUCAGCAGGAAAGGACGGGGUAAAGAUUGUAGGUUUGGAUUCAACAAUCAGUCAUGGAGACUGCGGUGUUCUUCUUCUACUCUCUCUUUCUAUCACAACAACAUUGAGACUGAUCUCAGAGUUCCAUCACCCUCCAGAAUAGGAGUGUAUGUGGAUCACAGUGCAGGAACUCUGUCCUUCUACAGCGUCUCUGACACGAUGAAGCUCCUCCACAGAGUCCACACCACAUUCACUCAGCCUCUAUACGCUGGGUUUGGGCUCUCCUUGGAUUCUACAGUGAGAUUGUUUGAUCCAGAAUAGAAAAGUGUGUAGUGUUUUCUGUAAAAUUCCUGCACGUUGCCACGUUGUUGCUCAGUCAUCUGUUUCACUAGAGCACAAUCCAGCUGCACAAAAACACUCAUUUUAAUAUUUAAAUUAAAACAGAUGAACAAUUUAAAAUAAUUAAAAAGGAAAUGUUAAAAAUUAACUGUCAGACAAGAAACUCGUCAAAUUUAAAAAGAAAAUGACCUCAUGACCUUCGCAUUAUAAAGUUCUGUUUGUUUCAUAUUAAGCAGCAUCUCAUUAAAUAACUAAUAAACAAUAAUAAAGCCAGAACAGAACAACAUUUUAAACCUGUUCAGGUCACACUAUAUAAAAAUAAAAUAUCACUUUUGGAAUGAAUUUGAUUUUUCUGCUUGUGUUUAAGAUGUAAAAUCCACAUUCACAUUUUCAAAUCUGAAGUUGUUUCUAAACCCUGAGAUUUGAUUGUAAAACAUUGAACAAUAUUUAAACUCCAUUAGAACAUCCACUACAUGAUCGGUUCAGGCUGCCGAUGUCGUGUUCAUCCCAUAUUCAGCCUGGAUGAUGAUUGGCCCACAGUUAGAACCUUAUAAAUCCAGGUUUAUCUGUGAGUUUGGGAUUUUUAUUCAAAUAUUACAAUCAAAGCUUUGCAGAAUAAAAGAUAAGAGCACAGGAGAAUAAAGUUUCCCCCAGUGAUGGAGUUUCUGUGCUGAACUCAUUUUCAGACAGAAGCAAAUUCAACCUUUUCCUGAGAGUUUCAGCAGCUGGAUAAAUAUUGUUCAGUAUUUUAAACUGAAUUUCUUUCACUGUGGGUGAAAUUGGCCAUCUAAGAUAACUACAGUGUGUAAAUGUUAGCAUUCCUCCAUCGUCAGUUAUUCUUACUUUUGUUUUUUGUUUUUUUGAAAUCAGGGAAUAGCUUCCAUUUUAAAACAUUUCCAAUUAUUUUGUUAUUACUUUUUCUUUCACCAAUUUCCACUUCACCGAUUUUCAAUUCAGGCAGUUUGACCGACACCUUUGAAUAUUCAAGGUUCUUUUUUAUCGUGAAUCUUAAGGGAGGUGGAAAAGCUCUACAACUUUGAUUAAAUUCUCUAUAGGAGCAUUUUAAAUGAAACUUUUCUACAAAUGAAUUAAAUUGCAUUAAAUGUCCAUUUUCAUCCAUUAGAUCGGUAACAUCUAAAACUUUAUCGUUCUAUUCUUGUUGAAAUAAAAUCUCCCUAUUAAUAGUAAUGGUUCUAUUAUUCCACAAGGUUAAGUACGUGAGUAUUUGUGGACAUAAAAUAAAUAAUUUUGGUGAAAUUGGGCAGCCUUGUCUGAUUCCGCAUAAAAUCUUCAAUUUUGGUGUCAUUCCAGGGUUAAGGGAGAUAUAACUAUAAAUAUCAUUGUGAAACAUUUUAAUAACCUUGCAGAACCCUUCUCCAAAUCCAAGAUUUUUGAGUUUUAUCAACAUAAAAUCAUGCUCCACAGUGUCAAAUGCUUUGAAAAAGUCUAGAAAUAAAACGAGACUAUCUGACUGAAUAAUUGAUUGGUAAUCAAUCAUAUCCAGAAUCAGUCGGACGUGGUUUUGAAUCUAUCUUCCCUUCAUGAAGGCUGAUUGAUAUUCGUCGACAAGUUUUACAAGUCCACGCUUUAGACGAUUAGCAGAUACUAAGGCAAGUAAUUUAUAAUCAUUGCAUAGUCAGGUUAUAGGUCUCCAAUUGUCUAGCAACAAGAAGUCUUUUUGGGGUUUUGGUAGCAAGGUUAUUAAGCCUGUCUUCAUAGUUGGGGAUAAACAUCCUUUGUUAGUCCAUUCUAAAAUUGCUCGAUAUAAUAUUUUUUUUUAAUAUCCACCCAAAAGUAUUUUAAAAAUUCAUAUGUUAAGCCAUCGAUUCCUGGUGAUUUACCAUUUUUCAUUUGUUUUAAUGCAAUUUCAAUUUCUGUUAUAGUUCAUUGCUCAUCAAGUGUAUGUUUGUCUUCUUCAUCCAGUUUUUUGAUGUC